UCAACAUACCGCCGCCUGAUCGAACCUUGUGUACAUUUCUCCCGAUAAACAUUAUUGCCGCAGUCGUCGCCGAUAGGAUUGUGUCCUGCGCCUUUUCCCAUCUCAAAAUGAUUACAAAUUAAGCGAGCCCGUAGUUUUCUACCCCCGGUGCUAGCAAGAUUUAAUACACAGGAGUAUCGCAUCCGCAUAGUCAAUAUACCUGUUCUACAAAAAUGCAUCCACUACUGGAGUACCUCAAAAGCCCGGAGCUGGUUGUGAAGGUACAGGAAUAUUUCGGGAUCGAGUACAAGAAAAGUAGCGCCUCAGCCAAGAAUCACAGGACGACAGGUGCACCGAAUGGCACAGCCAUCGGUAACGGGAAAGGUGCGCCACCGGCCAAUGGGCACGCGGUGGUGAAUCAUGCGAACGAGAAGAAGAUCGAUGACACCGAUGAUAAAGCUUAUCGGGUGACGAAUUACUUCUGGUACGUGCUGUUCAUCAUCGGUACCGAGCUGGGGGAUGAGAUAUUCUACGCCACGUUUAUCCCGUUCUGGUUUUGGAACAUUGACAGCGCGGUAGGCCGGCGGGUCGUAAUGGUAUGGUCAGCGAUUAUGUACGUAGGACAAAGCCUUAAGGAUAUUAUUCGUUGGCCAAGGCCUUCCUAUCCAGCGGCACGGUUGCAGAAGAAAUGGGGCCUCGAGUAUGGGAUGCCGUCCACGCAUGCAAUGGUUUCGGUUGCGAUACCCUUUUCCGUGCUGAUCUAUACCUACGAUCGAUACAUCUACUCGAUGCCAGUUGGGCUGUCGAUCGCCUGCGUGUGGUGUGCCGUAAUAUGCAUCAGCCGUGUUUACUUAGGAAUGCACAGUGUGCUGGACAUAAUAGCAGGACUGGUGCUGGUCGUACUAUUGAUGAUCCCGCUGAUCCCCAUCGUUGACCGAUUGGAUCUUGUAAUCGUGACCUCCCGCUGGUCUCCAAUAUUCGUACUUUCGAUAUCAAUACUACUGAUCGUGUUUUACCCAGACUCAGGAAAAUGGACUCCAACACGAGGCGAUACUGCCCUCACGGUUAGUGUGUGCGCUGGCAUAGAACUUGGCGCCUGGCUGCACUACCAUCUGGGUGAAUUUCAGCAACCCGCCCAACCACCACCAUACGCGAUCAUCUGGCCUUCGUACAGCAUGUUCGGGCUGCUGCUGCUGCGCACCGUGCUCGGGCUGUGCUGUAUCGUAGCGUCGCGCGCUUUCGCCAAAUCGAUCUCGUACGCAUUCGUGUGCUUCAUCCUCGGGCGGGACAAGAACGAGCUGCGCCAGUCGGAAGAUACGCUCGAAAACAAGAACAAAAUCAUUGUCGAGCUUUCGUACAAACUGUUCACGUACGGUGUGAUCGGGUUCAACACCCAGUACCUGCUGCCGAGUGUGUUCAAGCUGCUGAACAUCGGUCGGCCAGACUUCUACACGGAAAUCUAACCCGUGCGCGACGAGCGUUUAAACCAAAAAAAAAAAAAAAAACAAAUGCGUCUAGCGCAACUAAUCAUCGCACAUUCCAUCCACAAGCGCCCGGAAAACAGUGAGCAAUUUAGAAUGUAGGACAUUAGACACAAAAACAUACACACAUCGGAAUCACAUUUCUUCCAGUUAGAGGAGGGAGAGUACCAGAUCGGCUGGUACGGCUAAUACUGUUUUAUACGGCACACACACACACGCCCGUUCUCCACUAUCUUUGUUAACCUUUUUCUCCUUACUAAGCGUUGCCACUCGCACAAGAGCCGCUACUUUUCACCUCAACACUCUUACACUCUUUUCCAGUCGAAUCUUGUCGUGCGUUCUUGGCGAGCGAAUAAGAAUCUAGAUAGAGCCUUAUAGUUACGAGAAAAACCAAUAUUAGCUUCAGGAUCCUCUUGAAGGUUAAAAAAAAAAGAGACAGAGUACGCUUAACGUAGCAGUUAGAAUCAGCGCGGAUUAAUCAAACCAGAAGUCUCACCAAGUAUACCGUACAGCAGGGGUUCGCAAGCGCUUCCCGUUUGAGAGGAAACACCGUUUACUAUAGAGCUUAUACAUCGCGUCACAACGAAACGAAAUUCAUACUGCCACCAGUAGCAAGCAAUAAUGGAAAGGCGAGAGCGUACGGCCGUCCCCGUUCGUGUGCGAUGGCACCACAAUUCGGAUGCAAAGUAUUCUAGUCUAAGCAAGGGGCUACAACGUCGAGGGAGCACCGGAACCGUCGACCAAGGUUGUGUGCAUCCGUGUGCCGUACGCAACAGCACACAGGUUGCUGCUUGUAGCGGUUGCAAAUAUCGGUACAACUGUACCUGCUACUAGUAGGGUUAGUGGUUUUUUAAGACAAACAGUUCGAGCUGUAUCUAAGAUGAAACGAAAAAACAGAUUAAACGACAUCCAGCGACAAAAGGGACGAAACGGUGAAAUGUUUUUUGCUGCUUUUCUUAUCCUCUCCACAAAUGCAAGUUGUUCACAGCUAGAGGGUAGAGGAAGGCGAGUAUUUCACGAAAUAAAAGCAAAAUAUCAAAUUUCCUUUCAAAA